AUGGUAGUGUUGAUCAUGGGAACCUGUAGCCUACCAGUUGUUAACAACGCAGACAGCGCAGUUGAACUACUAGCACAGUUGUUGGAGCGCGAACUUUCCAUGGAAAAAAAGAUUGGAUCUGAUUUGGUGGGAAAGAAAUUAGACAACGGUUUGGAGGUUGAGACUAGAACUCACCCGUAUAUGGUGGAAAAGAAAUUAAACAACGGUUUGGAAGUUGAGACUAGAACUCACCCGUAUCCGGUGGAAAAGAAAUUAAACAACGGUUUGGAAGUUGAGACUAGAACUCACCCGUAUCCGGUGGAAAAGAAAUUAAACAACGGUUUGGAAGUUGAGACUAGAACUCACCCGUAUAUGGUGGAAAAGAAAUUAGACAACGGUUUGGCAGUUGAGACUAGAUCUUACCCGUAUAUAGUGGAAAAGAAAUUAGACAACGGUUUGGAGGUUGAGACUAGAACUCACCCGUAUAUGGUGGAAAAGAAAUUAAACAACGGCUUGGAAGUUGAGACUAGAACUCACCCGUAUCCGGUGGAAAAGAAAUUAAACAACGGUUUGGAAGUUGAGACUAGAACUCACCCGUAUAUGGUGGAAAAGAAAUUAGACAACGGUUUGGCAGUUGAGACUAGAUCUUACCCGUAUAUAGUGGAAAAGAAAUUAGACAACGGUUUGGAGGUUGAGACUAGAACUCACCCGUAUAUGGUGGAAAAGAAAUUAAACAACGGUUUGGAAGUUGAGACUAGAACUCACCCGUAUAUGGUGGAAAAGAAAUUAAACAACGGUUUGGAGGUUGAGACUAGAACUCACCCGUAUAUGGUGGAAAAGAAAUUAGACAACGGUUUGGCAGUUGAGACUAGAUCUUACCCGUAUAUAGUGGAAAAGAAAUUAGACAACGGUUUGGCAGUUGAGACUAGAACUCACCCGUAUAUGGUGGAAAAGAAAUUAAACAACGGUUUGGAGGUUGAGACUAGAACUCACCCGUAUAUGGUGGAAAAAAAAUUAGACAACGGUUUGGCAGUUGAGACUAGAUCUUACCCGUAUAUAGUGGAAAAGAAAUUAGACAACGGUUUGGCAGUUGAGACUAGAACUCACCCGUAUAUGGUGGAAAAGAAAUUAGACAACGGUUUGGCAGUUGAGACUAGAUCUUACCCGUAUAUAGUGGAAAAGAAAUUAGACAACGGUUUGGCAGUUGAGACUAGAACUCACCCGUAUAUGGUGGAAAAGAAAUUAGACAACGGUUUGGCAGUUGAGACUAGAUCUUACCCGUAUAUAGUGGAAAAGAAAUUAGACAACGGUUUGGCAGUUGAGACUAGAACUCACCCGUAUAUGGUGGAAAAGAAAUUAGACAACGGUUUGGCAGUUGAGACCAGAACCCAUCCAACUCCAAUUUCAAGAAGUUUCAAAGGCGAGCAGCAGGCUGGCAGUCUCUUGGAGACGGAGGAAAUGCAACACUUAGUCAGAGACGCGAAGUACGAGAUCGAGCUUAAUAAACUGAUUGAAGAACUUCGUGAUAGCGCCCAGCCAAUAGAGGAGCAUAAGAAGACGACGCUUGAAAAGAAGGACAACCUUGAACAACGUAUCCAGGAAUUCCUUUUGGAUCGUCUGGCACAAUUCUAGAAAAUAGUUCUUUUUCUAGCAUGCUGAAAGAAAUUGAGCCCAGGGGAAUUGAACCCGGGGGCUAGUUCUAAAUAAGGACACUUCUAAUAUAAUGACGUAGAUACAUCUCCUAAUUCGAUUCAGUGAUUAUUACUUUAUAUAGUAAUACUUUGUUAGUUUUUGUAACCCUGAUGAGGUCAAUGUAUCUCUCAUUUCACGAGAUGGUCCAGAGGGGUUUUCAGGGGGUUCGAGUUACCCCCCCCCCGCUCUCUCAAGUUAUCUCGCCAUUGUCUGCAUAAGGGUUAAGUCAUAUAUCUUUUUAUAUACACCUUUGUAUAUAUACACUGUUGCUCAUUUACAAUAUCCAUUAGCGAGAAAAAAGAAUGCAUGCAAAUAGUGCAGAAAACGUGAUAAGUGUAAGGAGCAUGGGGCAAAACGGUCCUGUUGGGUAAAAUGGCCCAUCGAAAUAUCUUUUGAACUAUAAAAGAUGGUUCUUCAAAAGUCACAUUAAUCAAAUUUCGGAAUUUCCGCCAACUAGCAGCGUCUCGUCUUACGUAAGAGGUAAUUCUACUUUUCACUCUCUUUUUUCUCUAAAAAUCCGAAAAUAGAAUAUGGUUUUGAAUUAUCAUUUUA